CCCCUUUUCCCAGUCAUGAUUCCCUUACCCUGCCCCUUUCCCACUCUCAGUUCUCAGUAAAGACCCAUAUCAGAAUCAGGUUUAUCAUCACUCACAUAUGUCAUGCUUUUUUUGUGGCAGCAAUACAGUGCAAUACAUUCAUCUGCGGACUGCUGAGAACUGUUUCUUCUUGCCGAUAAUACCCAUGCUCCAUAACUUUAUGUCACUCAGGGACGUGGGCUAUAUGUGUGACUGCUUGUUGGACAUUGGUAAUGUAAAAUACUGCAAGUCUGUUUCAGUUGUUUAUUGGUGAAGCAGACGGCCGGGAAGCUGCAUGGCCUCAGUUGUAGCAAGGAGUUGGCCUCAAGUCGCAGGUUUGCCUGUUGCAGCUGUUCAGGAAAGGUUACGUCGGAGGCGGUGUGGCGUGGCGUCCGUGCUGGGUCCUCCUGUCAGUGCUACCCUCCAGUGUAUGAUUGGAGGAAUGACAAGCUGGAUAGCAUGCUUAUGUUCAGCUGCGGACUGCUGAGAGCUACUCGUUCUUGCUGAUCACGCUGAUGCACCAUUGAUUUAUGGGACAUGUCUCUCAGGGACUUGGGAUAUAUAUUUGUGUGACUGUAUGUUUACUUGCUGUCUUAUAUGUGAUAUACGUACCUUGUGCUGUGUAUGACUGUUGGUACUGUAUUUAGCACCUUGACUCCGGAGGGGUCAUUUUUCAUUUGGCUGUAUGCAUGGAUAAUCAUGUAUGGUUGAACUUGAUAUACCUCUUUCCCAGUUCUGUGGGCAGCUAAUACUGCACUGUACCUUCCUAAUCUUUCCAUCAGCAUUAAUCUCAUGCCAUACAGCACCACUCUUGGGAUGGAGAUUCUCAUUCCUUUGGCCAGUGCGUGCUGGAUUUGGAUCUCCGUCAUUAACCUUAAAAUACAAGAUGGCCAUUCAGCAUUGAUGUCAGGGAAAACCACAAACGGUUGCGGAAAUUUGGAGCUCAAUUCUUCCCUGCGAUGUGGAGUUAAUAUGUUCUCCCUGUGACUGCAUAUUCACGAUGGAACUGGCCUCUUGAGUUCAGAGCCAAUUUUCUAUCUGUGGCCCAAGUCCAUAAAUGUAAAAAAAAGUCUUAAAAACAAUUUUGCAAAAAUAGUGGCUCUCAGAAUCAGGUUUAUUAUCUCCAGCAUGUGUCAUGAAAUUUGUUAACUUUUAAAAAAUAUACAGCUGCAGAAAGUCUGCAGCUGUGCUUGUCAUAUCACCCCCUUAUUUAACCCCCACCUCCAACUCACCCCAAUCAAGCCUGAAACUUGUACAUAGUAAUAGAGGUGUUGCUGUCGUUCCAGGGUAGUCGGAACCACUGUUGUGAGGGCACUGCUACCAUGACUGUGCAGUAAAAUCAAUAUCUAUACACAGCCCGACUUGAUGUACACAACUAACAUUGCAACACACAGAGAAAAUGCUGGAGGAACUCAGCAGGCCAGGCAGCAUCUGGAAAAAAAAGGUGCAGCCGACGUUUCGGCCCGAGUCCCUUCAUCAGGAUCCCUUAACAUUGCUCGGGUUUAGGUCUUUAAUUGACAGUGAAACACAUUCAUUUUGUUUAUUUUCUUAGGGUGGUUCGUGUCCUGUGGGGAGAGUAGGAAAUGACUGCUUGAAAUUGUUUUGGAGAUCAAAUUACAUCACCAUUUUAGAAGUUAGGUCUGAAAUUAGGAGCGGAUUAACCCUGUUUUACCGGAGUCGAAUUUACUCACUGGGCGAUGCGGUGACACAGAGUAAAGUACCUUUGGCUUCGCAAUGAGCUUGGCCGAACUGGAGUUCUUUGUAAUCGGCAUGGAUUAAGCCCUGCUGCCAAUGCGGAUGGUUUUGGUGAUAGGCCGCAGAGUUCCAGUCCAUUUCAGAGCCUCACAGCCGGACCCAGCGGCCAGUGAAUAUAUGGAACCAGCUGCCAAAGGCGGUGGUUGAAGCAGGUGAAGAUGUCGCAGGUUAAACAAGUGGGACUUCUGGCCGCCGGCUGUCAACCAUGGAACAAAGACGUCUGUGUUGCCAGUGGAGACAGAUUUGCUUAUUGUGCUACACUGGCUAUUUAUGUUUACCAGCUCGAUCACAGGUACAAUGAAUUCAAGCUCCAUUCGAUCAUGUCCGAGCACAAGAAGACUAUCACAGCCAUCUCUUGGUGCCCGCACAGCCCCGACACCUUUGCCAGUGCUAGUGCAGACAACCUUGUCAUUAUUUGGAAUGUGGCAGAACACAAGGUGGUAGCGAGACUGGACAACACUAAAGGGAUUCCUGCUUCCCUCAGCUGGUGUUGGAACUCAGGUGAUGCAGUAGCGUUUGUCUCCCACCGAGGUCCAUUGUACAUCUGGACUAUCUCUGGACCGGACUGUGGGGUUGCAGUCCACAAGGAGGCACACAGCUUCCUGUCGGACAUCUGUCUGUUCAGGUGGCAUCCUAGAAAGAAAGGGAAGGUGGUUUUUGGACACACAGAUGGAAGUCUGUCCAUCUUUCAGCCUGGUACCAAGAGUCAGAAACACGUGCUGAGGCCAGAAUCCCUGGAGGGGACAGAUGAAGAGGAUCCAAUCACAGCUUUGGAGUGGGAUCCACUCUCCACUGAUUAUCUGCUAGUGGCCAAUCUACACAAUGGAAUCCGCCUGGUGGACUCGGAGUCACUAUCCUGCAUAACCACCUUCAGUUUUCCCAGUGCAGCUGCUUCUGUGCAGUGUUUGGCCUGGGUUCCCAGCGCUCCUGGGAUGUUUAUUACUGGAGAUUCCCAAGUCGGGGUCCUGCGUAUAUGGAACGUCUCAAGAACGACACCAAUAGAUAACUUCAAGCUGAAGAAAACAGGGUUUCAUGCUUUACACGUACUGAAUUCCUCACCAAAGAAAAAAUGCUAUUCUGCACAUUCACCAUCAAAGAACCAUCACACGUCAUCCACCAGUGAAGCCAUACCUCCUCCGACCCUCUCUCAAAACCAAGCCUUUUCCCUGCCUCCUGGGCACGCCGUUUGUUGCUUUAUGGAUGGUGGCGUGGGCCUUUAUGACAUGGGAGCCAAGAAGUGGAAUUUCCUGAGAGAUUUGGGUCACGUGGAAACAAUCUUUGACUGUAAGUUUAAACCAGAUGACCCCAACCUUCUAGCCACGGCAUCAUUUGAUGGGACCAUUAAAGUGUGGGAUAUAAACACCCUGACGGCAGUCUACACUUCACCUGGCAAUGAGGGAGUCAUCUACUCCCUGUCGUGGGCUCCAGGUGACCUAAACCGCAUCGCAGGUGCAACUUCACGGAACGGAGCUUUCAUAUGGGAUGUAAUUAAAGGGAAAACGAUUACUAGAUUUAAUGAGCAUGGAAAAAAUGGCAUUUUCUGCAUUGCUUGGAGCCACAAAGAUUCCAAAAGGAUUGCGACGUGUAGUGGGGAUGGCUUCUGCAUUAUCCGAACAAUCGACGGAAAGGUUCUACACAAGUAUAAGCAUCCAGCUGCUGUUUUUGGCUGUGAUUGGAGCCAGAACAAUAAAGAUAUGAUUGCCACUGGCUGCGAGGACAAGAAUGUUCGGGUUUACUACUUAGCAACCAGUUCCGACCAACCACUGAAGGUUUUCACAGGACACACUGCUAAAGUAUUUCAUGUCAGGUGGUCUCCGCUGAGGGAAGGCAUCCUCUGCAGUGGCUCCGAUGACAGUACUGUAAGGAUCUGGGACUACACACAGGAUGCCUGCAUUAAUAUUCUAAGUGGACAUAAAGCACCAGUACGAGGUCUGCUGUGGAACACAGAAAUCCCAUACCUUCUGAUCUCAGGCAGCUGGGACUACACCAUCCGUGUCUGGGACACCAGGGAUGGAACUUGUCUGGACACUGUGUACGACCAUGGUGCAGAUGUUUAUGGCCUGACCUGUCAUCCCAACAGGCCCUUCACCAUGGCAUCUUGUUCUCGAGACUCCACCGUGAGGCUGUGGUCAUUAACACCUCUCAUCUCUCCUCUCCAAAUCAACAUUCUGGCCGAACAGCAGUGGGAGGAUAUAAUCGGGAAUACAGAUCGUGCAAUGUCAUCUGGAGCACCCCCUCUUCUCUGUGGGAAAGUGUCCCGGGACAUAAAGCAGGAGCUGGAUAAGCUUACGAGCAAUGUGCGGAUGAAGAAGCUGAGGUGGUUCUCUGAAUGCUUUUCACCUCCAGGCGGCAGUAAGAACCUCUGGGACUUGGUGGCCGUGUUAACAGAUCAGGAUGACAGCCUACUUCCCCAGAACUACUGUAAAGGAAUAAUGCACAUGAAACAUCUGGUCAGGUUCAAAACGUCUAAAGCUCAGGAGUUAACAACUGUGAAGAUGUCGAAGUUCGGAGGUGGAAUCGGUGCACCAAGCAAGGAAGAGAGACUGAAGGAGGCAGCUGAGAUUCACCUGCGACUGGGUCAGAUCCAGCGAUACUGUGAACUAAUGGUGGAGCUUGGAGAGUGGGAUAAGGCUCUGUCAGUGGCACCCGGCGUGUCAAUGAAGUACUGGAAGAAACUGAUGCAAAGGAGAUCGGAUCAGCUGAUCCAGGAAGGGAGUGACGAAGUUAUUCCAUAUUGCAUUGCAACGGGAGAUGUGAAGAAACUAGUGACCUUUUUCACCGCCCGAGGCCAACUCAAAGAAGCACUCUUGGUUGCUCAGGCAGCCCAAGAAGGGAACAUUCAAGCACCUCACACCUCCGCAUUGAAUGGAGCGGCAGGUGGGGAGUUGAAUAACAAGGGAGAAGACUAUAAUGACCUGCUACAUAGAGUGAGUAAGGAGCUGGCAGAAUGGUACUUCCAGGAUGGACGAGCUGUGCUGGCUGCGUGUUGCCACCUCGCAGUGAAUGAUAUCGAGCUUGCAAUGUCGAGCCUGAUCCGUGGAAACGAGCUGGAGUUGGCAGUUUGCGUUGGAACGGUGCUGGGAGAGAGCGCCAUGCCCAUUACUAACUAUGUCCUGGAGCUUCUGGCCCGGAAGUGUAUGUUAGCAACAACAUGGGACCUUGCGGCUGAUCUGCUGAACAUGAUCCCCGACAACGAGCUGUUGUUGGUCAAACUCUGUGCGUUUUACGCUGGAGCGACUGCAGAAGUGAACGAUCUUCACGAGAAGUGUCACCUGCCAACCACAGAGGAAUGUUUGCGAUUUGCAGAAAUGUAUCACAGUGAAGGGGAGAUAUUCCAAGCUGUAAAAUAUUAUUUAUUGAGCCCUGUGCCAGAGAAAGCACUUCCUAUUGGACUUCUCUAUGUUAAAGAACAGCUCAGCAGUCCGGACUGGACCCUGGACUCUGUCCAUCAAAUCUUAGAUCUCCUCAGCUACAUCCGCACGGACCGGCUGAUGCUGCACAAGUGUAGUGAGGCUCGAAAUGAACUGCUUAUAUUCUGUGGCCACAUUGCCGCACUGCUGGCUAUUCGAAGGCAAUACAACAGUAUUGUGCCUGCACUUUAUGAGUACACCAGCCAACUCUUGAAGCGUAGAGAGGUGACCGUCCCGACCAAGAUCGAGGACUUAUCAGCAGAGUUAGACGGCUGGAGAGCCUGCACGCAGUCAAGCAGCAAGUUUGAGGACUUACCGUACACCCCUCCUUCUGAACUCCAAAGAGAGGCGUACAGCAUUUUACUAAAUAGGAUUAAAGAGGAACCCAUCAAAGGACUUAUCGGCCCUGAUUAUGUCACAGGUUCUAAUCUUCCUAGCCACUCAGAUGUCCACAUCUCCUGCCUCACGGGUUUACGGAUACAGGGGCCGGUGUAUUUCCUCGAGGAUGGAAAAUCAGCAAUCUCGCUUAAUGAUGCACUAAUGUGGGCAAAAGUCAACCCUUUCUCUCCCUUAGGAACAGGAAUACGUCUCAAUCCAUUCUGAUUGGAAAUGUAAAGAAAUUACAUUUUUGGUACUUUUAUAUCAUUGGCUACUGUUAGGUUAGUAGUGUACUAACCUUGCUGGAUAAAAGACAGGAGUAUGGCAUCAUGCAGUAGCCAAGUCUAUUUUAUAACAUGUAAGUUGCAAUAGUCCAAGGAAAUGUCAGAUUUUCCAAAGAUCUUUUUGAUCUUUUGAGAUAUAAAUUUCCUGAUUCAGUAUGUUCUGCUUGAUGCCAGGAAAAUCAUUUCUCUGGGAAACUUAAAUGGACAGAAAUUGUGGUUACCAUGCUAAUUAGAAAUUCGACCAUGCUGUUCAGAUUUAGUAAUUUUAAAUAUCUCCUCAUGCUCACACAUAUUAACAUUUCUACACCUGCCCCAGGGAGCGUUCCAGUAAUGAGCACAUUUACAAAUAAUUUAACAGCCAACUAAAUAAACCAAAAAUGCAUGAUGAUUACAGCCACAAAGCUCUUGAAGUAAAUCAAGAAAAUGCUAAACCUGCAGUGCUGAUAUUCAAUAGAUCAGUAGUUCAAUCGGUCAUUAGCUGACAAUAUACGGAUGCUCCAUGUAGCUAUGAAGAUUCUGUUAACGAUUCAAACUAAAAGUGGAAAAUCUAUUUAAAUUCUGUGAAGCAGAUUUUAAAUGCUUAUUAGCAUGUGCUGCCGAGCACAGUACAUAUACUUCAAAAUAGAAAUAUCUUAUAAUGAUGGACAUUUAAAAAAUAUUAACACUGUAAAUGCUGUUAGGUCAUUGUAGUUAUAGAAUUGCCUGAAUCGAUCAGUGCAAUGCAUUCUUAUUUUAAAACACAAAGAUCAGCCCAUUGCCAAAUACCUCUUUAAUCUUUAAGUUUACAUCCAUAGAUUUAUUUUUUUAAAUAACUACAAAGUGCAGUUUCAGUGCUACUGGCUGCCUUUUGGUAAACGUACAGUAAUUUUGCAAUUGCAAGAAGACCAGAACCGACUGUGUUUCCUGGUAUGAUUUCGUUGUCCUUCAUUUAAGAGUCUGGGAAAUACAUUGUGGAAGUUGUGCCUUAAUAUGGGUCAGAUACAUCCAGAUCCUUCUUAAAAUCAUCAAUUUAAUUUUGCAUGUGAUCAUCCCUGCACUUCUGUGGAAAACUUAUUGAUUACAAGCCCACAGCAGAGAAUGCCUAGUUAAUUGCAGGAAGUGUAAUAGUAUUUGUUUUUAAAGGAGUGAUUCCACACAAGAGUUACAGACGCUCAAUUCAGAAUCAGGUUAAUUAUCUGAUACAUGUUGUGAAAUUUGUGGCAGCAAUGUAGUGCAGUGCAUAAAAAUUACUAUAAAAAUUAGUGCAACAAGAGACCAAAAAGUGAGGUAGUGUUCAUUGGUUCAUUAUCUGUUCAGAAAUCUGAUGAUGGAGUAUAAGAAACUGUUCCUAAAACAUUGAAUGUGUGUCUCAGGUUUCUGAACCUCUUCUCUGAUGGUUGCAAAGAGAAGAGGGCAUGUCCUGGAUGGUGAGGGUCCUUCAUGAUACCACCUUCUUCAUGCAUCACCUAUUGAAGAUGUCCUUGAUGACGGGGAGGCUAUUGCUAUGAAACAAAUGGAUGGAAAAUUACAAUUCUCUGCAGCUGUUGGCAGGAUUACAUUUAAUUGAAAUGACCUGACUAGUCACUGGGGCUCACUCCUAUGCUUUUGGCAAUCAGUGUCACAUUCCUAAUAUGAACUGAGAGCAGUUAGGUGAGAAAAUGGAAGGCAGUGAUGAUCUCAAUUCAAGCCAACAUUAUUGACACAUGGAAGAAGGGCAACAUAGAGAACAGGAAUCUGGAAGAUAGAGUCCAUGUCAUCUUUCUUCAUUUUGAGUUGAUCCAAAUUCUCGCUAAUAUCUUUGUCUUUACCUGACCUGGGGAGGGCUUUACCAAACUAGAUAGCACAAUCUCCUUGCAAUGACAAAAGUUGAGUUUGGGUGUUCUGUUACAGGAUUAACAUUCAGGAUCAUGUCCCACAUUUUGAAUAUCAUCUAAGUUGUGCAUUAUAUUUCUUUGUUGAAUUUUCCAGCAGCAGUCACACUAAGCUGGAUGUUGGAAUGUGCACAUCAAUGUCAAGGCCAGUGUUUAACAGUUCGGUAAUUUCCCUCCAAACACUGCAGCUCUUCUAAUGAAGAUAUGUUCGCAGAGUUGUUGCAUGAAGAGUUCUAGGACUUAGAGCAAGCAGCAAUGACAGAGAGGUGAUGCCAGGAUGGAGUGUUACUUGUAUGGGAACUCCAGGGUGUGAGUUGCCAUUGUUGCUUGAGGUUUAUCUUUGAGAAAAACUAGGGAAGUAACUGCAGUGCAUUUUGUAGAUAGCACACACUGCCGUUACCAAUAGUGAUGUCUUAAGCUUUAUCCUGGAUGAUCAGUGUUUGCUUCUUGAGGGUUGUUGGAACUAAACUCAUCCAGAAAAUUUGAGAGAUUAUUCAAUCACCUGUGGCUUUUUGAAGAUGAAGUAGCUUUGGGAGGUGUCAGGAGGUAAGUCACUAACUGCAAGAUACCCAGCCUGUGAUAUAUUCUUGUGCCACUGUUCUGGUUGACAUUCGGGUCAACGGUAAAUGUUAAUAGUGGGGGACAAAAGGUUGGUGGGUGCCACUGAAUGUCAAGAAUGGGCGGUUAGACUGUCUACGCUGUUGAAGUACAUCAUCGCCUGGAGAGUGGCAUGAAAAGUACGGUAGUGUCAUGGUUAGCACAAUGUUAUCACAGUCUCAAGGGCCAGAAGUUCCUACUCCACGCUGUAUUGCUAAAUAAAUAAAUAAAAUUACUUCCACUUGUCCAGGUGUAAGUAAACUAUGUAAAAUUGAAGUAAAGAGCUUAGAGCUUGAAAGUGGAAGGAAAUUUCAGCCUUUCAAUAGAAGCAAAGGUAGAAAUUGUACAAAUUCCAGCAGCACAUCUCUUAUCUCCCUGAUGCCAGAGAAUUGAAGGAUUACUAAUGCUACUACUUAACAAAUGGGGAAGGAACAGGAAGAAAAAAUAGAGCCUAAUUAGUUCAGAUUUGGUGCUUAGCAAACUAUCAGUUCCAAUGACCAGGAUAAACCUUUGGUGCCAAAGGCAAAGAUUAAACAGGAUCUGUCAACACGGAUUUGCUAAAAGGUUAAGGCUAACUAACCAGACUGAAUUUUGUGAGGAAGGUCAAUGAGGGAAGUGCAUUUGAUAGUUUAUAUGAAUCUUAGCAAGGCUUUUCAGUAGAUUUUAUAAGCCAGGCUAGUCAAAAAUAGUCAUGCACAUGGAAUCCAAAGCAGCCAAGUAGAUCUGCAAGUGAUACAGUACACUGAGUUAUCGUAAACACUUGCAAUUUUUUUGUGAUAAUAUUCAUUAUCUUUUUUAAAAAUCUGAUCUGUCUUAAUCUAUCUCCAGAUAAGUUUUUUCUCUCACUCUUUUCUCCUGCCAGCUCUGCUUUGAAAACUGUGAACCACUCUCCCUCAUUUCUGAGGAAAGGUAGCUGACGCAAAAUGUUGACUGGUUUCUCUUUCCACAUAUGGGGCUUGACUUGCAGAGUUCAUCCAGCACUUUUAUUUUUAAGCAUUUCAGAUUCCAGCAUCUGCAAUUUUGCUUAUUUCAUCUUUGUGAACCCUCUCUGCACCCUGACCAGUGCGAUCACAUUUUUCCUGUAAGAUAAUGAGAUCAGAAGUGUGUGGAGAAAAUGUACCAAAGUAAGCAACACACACAAAACGAUGGAGGAACCCAUCAGGUCUCAGCAUUAUGCUGACUGUUUAUUUCCCUGCAUAGAUGGUGCCAGAUUUGCUGAGUUCUUUUGUGUGUGUUGCUCAAGGUUUCCAACAUCUGCAACAACUCUUGUGCAGCAGGGUAAGGCUGUAUACAAAUAUAUAUGCUCACACAACUACCAGAACUGUACAGAAUAUUUGUUAAAUCAUAGGUUGAAUACUACAUGCAGGUUUCACAUUAUUGGAAAAACAUGAUUGCACCAGAACGGAUGAAGAGAAACUUUACAAAGAUAUUUAGAAGGCAUAGGGUAGUGGUUGAAAGGAUUUAUUCUCACUGGAUAUCUGUGAUUAGUGGUGUUUCACAGGGACCUGUAAUGGAAGCAUUGUAGUUUGUGAUGUAUAUAAAUGAAAUGCAUGAAGAUGUAGCUUGGGUGGGUUAGUAUGUUUGUAGAUGAUACAAAGAUUGAUGGUGUUGUGUAUAGUGGAGAUGCUGGCAAAGAAUACAGUGGGAAAUAGAUCAGAUAUGGGUGGAAAAUGGCAGAUGGAGUUUAACCUGGCCAAAUGUGAAGUGUUACACCUUGGUAGGUCAAAUGUAAAGAGACAGUACACUGUAAAGGGCCAGACCCUGAACAGUACUGAUAAGCAAAGGGAUCUUGGGAGUCUAAGUUCAUAGCUUCCUGAAAGUGGCUAUACAGGUUGGUAAGGUGGUUGAGAAGGUAUAUAGCAUCAUUGUCUUUAUCAGUCAAGGUACUGAGUUCAUUGGCUUUGUAUCUGUACUCGGCACAAUGACAAUAAAGUUGAAUCUAAUCUAAUCUAAUCAAAGUCAGGAAGUUAUGUUGUAACUUUAGUUCGGCUGCAGCUGGAGUAUUGCACCCAGUUCUGGUCGCCUCAUUGUAGGAAGGAUGUUGAGCCUUUGGAGAGGAUGCAGAAGAGGUUUACCAGGAUGCUGCCUGAAUUAGAGGGCAUGUGCUAUAACACAAGGUUGGACAAAUUUGGGUUAUUUUCUUUGGAGCAGCGGAGGCUGAGGAGAGAUUUGACACAAGUUUAUAAGAUGGUGAGAGGCAUAGACAGAGUAGAUGGACAAUACCUUCAUUCUUGGGGUUGAAAUGUCUAAAACCACAGAGCAUGAAUUUAAGUGAGGAGGUAAUUUCCAAAAGAGAUAUGAGGGAAAGUUUUUCCAAACAGAAAGUGGUGAAUGCCUGGAAUGCACUGACUGGGGAGGAGGUAGGAUAGCAGAGGCAGAUACAUUAGAGACUUUAAAGAAAUGUUCACAUAGGAACAUGAAUGUGAGGAAAAUGGGAGGAUAUGGAUAUUGUGUAGGCAGAAGAGAUUAAUGUAGUUAGCCAUUUGAUUACUAAUUUAAUUGGUUCGGCACAAGAUUGUGGGCUGAAGAGCCAGUUCCUAUUCUGUAAUGUUACUGGAAUGGGAACAUUUUAGCAAUGCAAAGAAUGGUUAUAUACGAUAGUUUCAUAGGAAACAAUAAGGCUAAUGUGCAACAUUAUGAAGAUCCUUAAAAGACAAGAAGAGCUUAUUAUCUUAUGCAAAUAAUUCAAAGAGAGUCAAGGAUUUAAAGAAAUUAGUAGAAGAAUUAGGGGGAGACAAGGAAAUUAAUUUUUAACCUGAGAUAUGAUGAGAUAAGUUCCUUUUUCAAAGAUGUUCUAGUAUAUGACCAUAUGAUGGAAGUUUAUCAAUGAAGCAGCUCAAAAGGAUUUGCUGUAGGUCACUGUUUUGAGGAGGUGCUAUGGAACUAUCCUUGGGUGAAAUGAUUGACUUUCAUUAGCUAUGUGAUCUUUGUGUGUAAUACUCCAACCAGUGAAGCCGAUUCACUUCAGUUUUUCCAGACAUUUUUGAUAUUAAACUUGGUUAAGUGCUUUACUGCCAAGGGUAGUCUGUGUACUACUCUGUAAUCCACUCUGUACAGUGGCCUAUAGAAGAGUGGUUCUGGAGGAACCCAGACAGGGCACUGAUGGAGAGGAUGUUUAUGAGGUACCACUUAGUAAUGUUGUCGAUAAUAUCCUCUAGCAGUUUAUUAAUGGUUCAGAGAAUAUUUACUGAGUGGACAUAGGCAAAAAUGGAUUUGUCCAUUGCAUUGUGGACUGGACAAUCCUCAGCGAUCUUCCAUAUUUAUGCUGGAUGUUAAUUUGGAACGGGAAUAUCAAGAAUACUACAGAGGAUGGAAAUCGAAGUAAAAAUAGAAUAUUCUGGAAAAUCUCAACAGGCUAGGCAGCAUCUGUGGAAAGAUAAAGAGUUAAUAUUUCAGGUCUGAGAUUCUUCAACAGACCUGAAAAAGAGGGAAGAAACACGUUAAUUUUCAGUUGCAGGGAACGUAGGGAAGGGAUGAGUAGAACAGAGGGAAGAUCUCUACCUGAGUGGGACCAAAUGAGUUAAGAUGGCAAUGAGAAAAAGAUUAUCCUUUUUCCUGCCUUGCGAGUUGCUAAGAGCUGUGAGAUCUGCUUAGCAGGCUAGGCUACACUAACGGAGAGAAGCAACAAAAUUACAGACAUAUGAAUUAGAGAAGUGGCCAUUCUGAUGCAAGAAGAAGGAGUGAGUUACUUGAAGUUAGGGAAUUCAGUAUUAAGUCUGGAAAGCUACAAUGUGACCAUUUGUAGGAUGAAGCGUUGUUAGUCAAGUUUUUAUUGGACCUUGUUUUUACUUCACAUUUCUAGCAUCUGUAUUUUUUUCCACAAACAAGAGAAAUUCUGCAGUUGCUGGAAUUUCAAGCAGCACACACUUUUGUGCUGGCGAAUCUCAGCAGGCCUGAGAGUAAACAGUUGAUGUUUCAGGCCAAGACCCUUCAUUGGGACUGGAGAAAAAAGAUGAGAAGUCAGAGUUUCUCCAGCAUUUUGUGUGUGUUGUCUGGAUUCUUUUGUUUGCCGGCAAAUAACACUGUAAUCAUGAUUUAAUUAACACCUGUUGAAAACAGCUGGAUAAAGGCAAUCGGUACUGAAAAUCUGAAAUAAAGACUGAGUGUAAGAAAAGCUCAGUAGGUCAGAAAACAUUCAAAGAGAAAGAAAAUUAAUUAACUUUUCCAUUCAUGAAUCUUUCAUAGAUUACAACAAAAAUGUAUUACCCUGAAACAUAAUCGUGUUUUAAUCCCUAUGGAUUUAACUAACCUACAGAGUCUCUACCACAAUUGUAUGUAGGAAUAUCACUGUAUACAUGUGAAGUAAAUGAAGGUGCUGAUGUUCACCAAGUGUGUCAAACUUAUGAUUGCAAGAGAGUCAACUUUUAAAUAUUAAAUGUGUUUCUUCUGAAGACUGUACUACAGAUGGAUUACCACUGCCCACGAUACCAGAAAUUGUUCAGGGUUUUGUGAAGUACUACAUGAAGGGAUGAAUGCCACUUUUUCAUCUUGUUUUAUUUUGGCAGGGUUAUUCUAGUACAGAACCAAUAGUAUUUUUAUCCAAGGGCACAUUCUAGUCUUAUUUCUCGGUAAGAGUGGGGAUUCUAGUGUUAAGCAUUAUUCUGAUUAAAAAAAAGAAAUUUGGAAGUGUUUAUUUUGAUGUUGCAAGUAACCUGCCUCAAUUUAGUUUGUUUAAUUAUGUACUAAUGAUUAUUAGUUGACUUAUCUCCUGAAAACAUUCUCUCAAAAGAUUUAAUAUAGAUUUGAGAGGAGAAUCUCUCAACAGAUCUGCAUGCAUGCAGAGACCUGUGUUGAUAAGAGCAUUGGGAAUGUAGUGAAAUCAUGUUGCAAGUAUCUUUAUCCCUUUGAAACGUGCAUACAUAAUGUUAAAAUGUCAUUGCAUUGUUAAUGUGAUCUUUCAGGAUUAUGUAUUACUUCAGAUUAUGUAAAAUUACACCAAAUUGUUCGAAUCAGUCCUAGUGUGAGUGAUUGUUUCCUGAAUAUAAUAGUCUUCGUAUUAAUGUGAUAUUGUAUGACCAUUUCUAUUUUUGUCGCUGUUUCAUUUAAUAAUUGGGAACUGCAUUUUGUUUGGGCUAAGUUAUUAAUAAACUCAUUUAAAAACA